GCCAGCGCGCCACAGCUCCCGGCGUGCCCCGCGCCGGGCCGCAGGCGGGGCGGAUGAGGCCGCAACGAUGCUGGUGGCGGCGGCCGCCGAGCGAAACAAGGAGCCCAUCCUGAGCGUGCUGCGGCAGUACGUGGACCCUGCCCAGCGCGGCGUCCGUGUGCUCGAGGUGGCCUCGGGCUCCGGCCAGCACGCGGCCCACUUCGCACAGGCCUUCCCCCACGCCGAGUGGCAGCCGUCUGACGUGGACCAGCGCUGCCUGGACAGCAUCCUGGCCACCACUCAAGCCCAGGGGUUGUCCAACGUGAAGGCCCCGCUGUACCUGGACGUAACCUGGCACUGGGAGCAGUGGGGCGGGAUCCUGCCGCAGUCGCUGGACCUGCUGCUCUGCAUCAACAUGAUGCACAUCAGUCCGGUGGAGUGCACGGAGGGGCUCUUCAGAGCAGCGGGACACCUGCUCAAACCCAAGGCUCUGCUCAUCACCUAUGGAGAACCCAGAGUGGGGGCUUCGGGAUACAGCUUUCCUGGGGGACCUGGGCCGGGCCAGUGGCCUGCUCCUGGAAAGGAUGGUGGACAUGCCUGCCAACAACAAGUGCUUGAUUUUCCGGAAAAAGUGACCCCUCUCCUUCAUCCUGAAUGCCUGCAUCCCAGCCAAAGGCUCUGUGGGGCACAAACCCAGACCACCAGCCCCUGGGCCAGGCCUUGGGGACAACCAGCCCCACCCAGUCUAGGCUCUUGGCUGCAGCCAAUGGGCUGCCCAGGCCCAGCCUGCCUCAGAAUAAAGUGCUUCUGCUGCCCUGUUCUGGUGUCCACCAUGCCACCUCCUGGGAGCACCUCGUGGGGGUGGGGGGACAGAGGAGGUCGGGGCUUGGGGGAUUCCUGGGCCUUGCGUCUAGAGCUCGGGCAUUGGAGGGGAACCCAGGGACAGCUGCUGAUGUGAGAUGGGACUGGUCCC